CUUUUUGCGUUCCCAGCAGUUAGACAUUGGGCAUUCGCGAGACGUGAACAUCCAUCGGUGAUAAAAAAUUCCGACCAAAAAAGCUCAGGAAUGGGAAUCGAAAAUGCCGAUUCCAAGCCUACACGCCGCUAAGCUCUGUGCUGUGUUCAGACAACGACACAUCGUUGGAUAAUUCGAAAAUGACCUCAGCCGCUAAAUGGGUGAUUUUACUUGGAGUCUGUAUCUUUUUCGUACAUGGAAUUGAGACUGACGGCUUGACGCACUCAGAAAAUCAUGAGUCUCUCACAACAGAGAAUCAGCUCACUGUCAGAGCCCUGCGAACCCCACGCAAAGCCUGCAAGACGGAUAAAGGAUGUGAAAGAGCUUGCCAAGCAGACGGUUACAAGUACGGGGAAUGUAACAAUCAAAGAUGCUCUUGCAAGGGCUACUCGGGAUCUCCAAAGCGACAGCUGAGCGGUAGUAGUUCACCGCAACGCAAGCGGCUGACACCCUCCAGAUCCAGGACACCUCCACGCACAUCUAGAUCUCCGUCCAGAUCUUCCAGAUCUCCAUCCAGAUCUUCGUACCGAUCUCCAUCCAGGUCUCCAUACAGAUCUCCACAGAGGAUCUCCAGCCCAAGCCGUCGUCGCCUCACGUCACCCAGAAGUGGUAGAUACUCGCCAGUUCGGCGAGGUCGUACCUCUCCUCAGAGACGGAGGUCUCCCACACCUCCUAGCCAAAGGCGUAAAGCUUCCAGGUCUCCGCCUAGAAAAGUCAAGUCUCCACCUAGAAAAGUCAAGUCUCCGCCGAGGAAGGUCAAAUCUCCAGAGAGGAGAGGAGGAAGAUCGGAUGGCUCCAGAAGCAAAGAGAGCAGGAAGGAGGAUUAUCGGGACGACCGCACUUAUCGCAGCAGUAGUCCUCGCCCUGCCCCUGCUCCUGCCGAUGUCUUGACCUUCGAUUACCCACCAGAUGGUCAACCGCCUAAGGUCACCUAUUCACAAAGACCAGCAGGAGGCUCAUCCCCAACUAACUUGUACCAACAAGGAGUCAAUCCUUACCAACAAAGAGUCAAUCCUUACCAACAAGGAGUGCAAGGUUCUCGACCGGUCAAUCCUUACCAGCAAGGAGCGAAAGGAUCUCGCCCAGCCGCGAACACACAAGAAGGAUUUGAAGAGGACAGUUCGGAAAGCACAGCUUCAACUAAAGAUCCUUUCUCUCAAAAGUCACCACAAGGCUCAAUGCCGACCAACUUCAACCAACAAAAAGCCAAAGGUCCGCAACCAACUAUUCCUUCUCUACAAGGAGGUAGAGGAGCUCGACCAGCUGCAGGCAUGGUGGAAGAAUUUGGAGAGGAUGGUUUGGAGGACAUGGCUGCAACUAAAGAUAUUCUCUCUCAAAAGCAACCGCAAGGCUCAAUUCCGACCAACUUCAAUCAGCAAAAAGCCAAAGGCCCUCAACCAACCAAUCCUGCCCUGCAAGGGGCGAAAGGAACUCAACCAGCCGCAAACAUGGAUAAACAACUUGGAGAGGACAGUAUGGAGGAAAUGGCUUUCGCUCAACAAAAGGCGAAAGGCUCUCGGCAAGGUGCGAAACCCACGAAUCUUGAGGAAGAUGAUGAUGGCGACGAACUGGAAAAUAUGGGCAAUGGGCUGGAAGAAAUGGAAGACUUGCCUACCGCUAAAGCUGGUCAGAAGGCUGCCGGAAAGUUUGGUGAAAUUAAAGAAAAGGAGCCUGAUCUGCAAUUCGCGCAGAAAACCGCUCCACCUCCAGUCAAAGGCAAAAGUCCGGCUGGUCAAAACAGUGGCCUGCCAUCUGUCGAGGAAUUCGAAAAUGAAAUCGCCAAAGCCAAGGGCAAACAAAACCCACUUCCACCUAAACCUAAAGACCGUGCAGAUGAAGAUCUCUCGGAUGAGGACGAGGAAGGCAUGUUUGGAGGGAAAAUGGAUGGUGGGUUAGGCAAGAAGCUCGCGGCUGGUAAAUCAGCUGCGGCAGAGUUUUCUGCUGAAGAUGGCGAGGAUGAUCUCAUGGGAAAAGGCGGAUCAGACAGGAAACCCACGGCUAGUAAACAGUCAGCAGCAGAUUUUGCUUCUAAAAGUGGCGAUGAUGAUUUCAUGGGAAAAGUCAACAGUAAAGUACAGAAAGACGGGAAGAGUAUGGAUGGUCUCUUGGACGGUGAGGAAUUGGAUGAUCUUGAUGGACUGCCAGGUGGAAAGAAGGGCUCGCUUUCUGGAUUCGCCGAUGAAGACUCAAUGGAAGAUUUCCCGGGAAAGAUGUCACCCGACAUGCCGCCUGGUAAGAAGCCGACCUCCGGACCAUCCGACCGUCAAAAUGGUAAACCCCCCGGUGCAUCAAACCCGAGGGAUUUCGAUGAUAUUGACGAUUUCGACUCUCUUGGGGUAAAUCGAGCAUCCGCAGCUAAAAAAGGAGGACCAAUGGACUACGACCCCGAGGAUGACGAACUGGACAUGAUGAACGGAGGUGGGAAAUCGACCUCAUCCUUUGGGAAUAAUAAUAGGUUUGCAGGUGAAGAUUUGGAUUUUAAGUCGAAGAUGGGGCAGGAGCCUUCCAAAGAACCGGCCGCCGCAUCUGGGAAGAAACAGCUACCUCCGGUGAAGAAUGGUAAGGCAGCUGGAGACGAUACUGGAGGAAAAGGAACUCCAGAGAAGCAGGCGCCAACCUCGAUGAAAAAGCCAAAUGCGUCAUCGCCGAGUUCAAUCGACGAAGACUUUUUGGAAGGUAUCGGAGUGGCAUCGAAAAAAUCGGACUCAAAUACCUCUGAUUUUGACAAGAAAGAUACUGGUGCAGCGUCCAAGAAACAAAUCACCGAUAGGAAAUCUUCACCCUUGGCCGACUACGAAGAUGAGGAUACGGAUUUUCUUCGACCGAAACAACCGGGUUCACUCGCAGGGAAGAAGUUGCCGCCAAAAUCCUCGAUCGAUGCCGACCUAGAUGAUGAUGAUAUGGAAGACCUGGUGGCGGCUGCUAAGAAAUCUGCCGCUGGAUCGAAGAGGACGCCGUCGGGUUUUCCUGGAUUGGAAGACGACGAUGAGGUUGACGAUUUCGCAGGAACGAGUGCUAAAACUCCGGGAAAUGCGGCAAAACUAAGCAAGCCUCAGCAAGAUGGAGCUGAAAACGCAGCAGAAUCAGCAGUUUCGAAAAGUGGAAACGUUCAGAACAAAGCUGCCUCCAAGCCAAAGUCGUUAUCAGCACUUCCUGAUUUAGAGGACGAAAGUAAUUAUGACGAUUUGGAUUCGGAUUAUUCACAAGAGAUGCUUAAGCCAACCUCUGGAACAAGAGGGAAAGGUGUGAAACCUUAGGUCUUGGUCGGAGUUGAAUGUUGAAAUGAGCCAGGCAAUUAAACGGAAUUGAAAAAACUACCAUUCCUCAAACGCGAGCCGAGAAAUGGCAGGAGUCAAAAUAAACCAUAAAUUGACCUCUUGUAUUACAAAGAAGGGAAGCUCCUUUUUUUCAGUAAAAAAAAAAAAAAUAAAAAAAAAUAAAUAAAAGGAGAUCGUCAAAUGAGGGGUCUAUCCGAAGACUCCUUGAAAAUGCGGAUUUAUUUAUUUACCGUGGGAUUAUAAAGAGACCUGAGUGUACAGAGGAACUUUUCCUUAAUCAACGUUAACGGAGUAACAAGAGUCUGUAGAUUUUUUUUCAAAAACACUUUUUUCGAGGAUUCUUCGUUUUCAUUAAAAUAUUUUUUUUAUAUUAAAGCUGGAUUUACAUUUUCACUAUCGGAACUUCUCGGAUAAAACUGUCUUAUCUUAGCAUCAUAAUGAACUGAGAUAGUUCAAAUUGAAUAAAAUUACUAAAAUGGAAAAUACAAACAAUUAAACCACGUAACCUCAUAUUUAUACUGUGAUAACAUAGAUAUGUAUAAGUCAUUUAUAAAUAAAGUAUUCAGGAAUAUAGGGAAAGGAAAAAGAGAAAAACAAGUUACCAUCGGUGUUCUCUUGUUUCUGCAAUUAAUUAAUACAGUAUUCGAUGAAUUGUCUCCAUUGAGUUCACCCUUAAUCCUUAGAGAAAUGACUCGCGUUUUUUACAUUAUUUACUGACAAGGGUCAAAAUUACUCGUAUUUAGAUAGCACUGGUUUUCUCCUAUUUCACUGUUUUUGAAGAAAAGUCCUAUCAAUCAUUUUAAGUGUGAAAAUAUAAUUUUUCAUGACUUGUA